ACAAAAGCUCAUAAAGAAAACUAAAAACGAAAGGGUUUGCCUUUCUAUCUCCUACAAGCUCCUGAGAGAGAGAGAGAGAGAGAGUAAAGAUGAGCGGUGCAGGGAAGAAGGUAGCCGAUGUAGCCUUCAAGGCAUCAAGGACGAUCGAUUGGGAGGGUAUGGCCAAGAUGAUCGUCACCGAGGAGGCUCGCAAGGAGUUCUCCUCUCUCCGUCGUGCAUUUGAGGAAGUCAAUUCCACUCUUCAGACCAAAUUCAGUCAGGAACCAGAACCUAUUGACUGGGAGUACUACAGAAAAGGACUUGGAUCUCGCAUAGUCGAUUCUUACAAAGAGUAUUAUGAUGGUGUCGAAAUCCCCAAGUUUGUAGACACUACCACUCCUAAGUAUAAACCCAAGUUUGACGAGUUGUUGGUGGAGCUGAAAGAGGCUGAACAAAAAUCACUCAAGGAAUCUGAAAGAUUGGAAAAAGAAAUUGCUGAUGUCCAAGAGCUAAAGAAAAAACUUAGCACCAUGACAGCUGAUGAAUACUUUGAGAAACACCCAGAAUUAAAACAGAAAUUUGAUGAUGAAAUCAGAAAUGACUACUGGGGCUAUUGAUUUCAUUUCUCUUGGUUGCUUCUGGAGAAGCCAUUUGAGUUUUUUUUUUUUUUUUUUUUUGAAAUAAAACAAUGAAUAACAAAGACUUGUUGGUUAAAAUCAUUUUUUGCAUGGAGAAGCAGUAGUUUGUGCCAAUUCUAGCCUGAUGGAUGGGUCCAUCAUAAUGACAUGUGCUUCUGCACAUGGUGCCAAUUCUCGACCCAGCAUGACCCGAGACACAGUAAGGAAAUAGUUUUUCGUUA